GGUGAACAUAAGACACGUGCGACAAUAUCGAGUGUAACUAUAACCAUAACAGUACAACGAGGGCUAUUUAAUUAUAUGCAUUUCCAUAAAAGCGUUUCAGGUAGACAAAUGGAAUACAUAAAAUUCACGUUGGAAAAUCCAAUCUAACAUCUGCAAUGUUUAAUUUCAAUAAUGCACAUAUACUUCAAUAUAUUGAGGAUUUAUUGAACUUUUUUGUCCCAAACCGUCAUGUUUGAUGCGUGAUGGAUAUCAAGUCACCAGGGUUACCAACUUCGGUCAGUUGGCUGGAGUGAAAUUUUCAAUUCCAGAAAAGUCUGCACACACUUGCACACGCACUUACAUGUACAGUAUCAGUUUUAUUACCUUCUAAAUAGUCUGGGGUGAGAUUCCGUAGCUACGUCGUUCGCAAGUCCUAAGAAGGCUUCGGGGAACUCACUCCUGUAUGGUUUGCAAGCUGCCCCAACGCUUUUGGUGUAGUUCGUUUAUGUCAGUGAUGGAAUAAUAUAGAUUUGCCGUAAGAUUCCUUGCAUGAGCGUGAGAGUCUGAAAGCGUGAGUGGCACGCCAGAUGCGUUAUAGUUGGUAACCUUGAGUCACCACUGUAAUUUGUCUAAGAUAUAUCUUAAACAUAACAGAACAUUUAUACUUACUAAAGGCGAUAUCUGAUAUAACAUCUUAUUAAGCAUACAAUAUAUUUAAAACCCGUAAAGCAACGUUAAUUUAAAAAGAUAAUCAAAAUAAUCUGAUGUACUUAAUGCACACUUUAGCAAAGUUAACUCGGCGAACGAGCCCGACCACAAAGGCGCAUAUAUAUAACAUAAGUCACCGAAAGAGUCAUCAACUACUCAUACAUCACUACUGACGAAGAUUCUGGGAAAGCUAGUGAAGCAGAGACGCGCCAGAGCGCGCGGCGAUCACGCCAAUAAUAAUAAGUGAUGCGGUUCUUCCCGGAAGCGGCCCGGAAAAGGCGCUCGUGCUGAACGCAUUGUGACGUUUCUCGGCGACCCCGCCCCGUUUUGUCUUGGCCCCGGCUGCGCUGCAGUCACUACAGAAACCUGGAGAAACGAGCCCAGACGGCUGUCUCCAUUCCGGCAUGGAUAUGGGAAUUAUACCAUUGUUCCGGAACCGAGCCCGUGCUCUACACUACCACGGAACAGUACACUUCGUGGUACUGACUUUAAAAAUCAGCCGGUGGAAAUCCUACUACCAUUAAAGACACGUACACUAUUAAUUGUGAUACGGACUUCCUCUCGAUGCGGAAAGAUGUACCACCUAUUAAAUAGAAAACAUUUUAGUUCACCUCAAAGAAUGGGCUUCUGUUGAGCCGCAUCAUUUAUUUUGAAAAAAAAAAUGUAUGGGAAAAUGUCAUUUUACUCAUUUGACAUGUUACUCACGCUGCUGUUCACCCUCGUCAGUAACUUCUCUGCCCUGGCUCUGACUCCCAGCACUGCAACGGAGCCGCUGUCCACCCGCCAGUACUACCACACAGAUCCCAGCACGGGUGCCCAGCUAGCUUGUGACAAGUGCCCCGCAGGCACCUACGUCUCCAAACACUGCACCCAAUACUCCGUGCGUGAGUGCAGUCGCUGCCAAGACGGCACUUACACACGCGGUGCAAACGGUGUCCGCCAGUGCCACCGCUGCCGGAGCCACUGUAAGGCACCCUUUGUGCAGAGGGUCCCCUGCACCGUGACGUCCGACCGCGUGUGUGCCUGCCCGCCGGGCACGUUUGGCGACGGGGGCGACUGCCGGCCGCACACACAGUGUGGGAAGGGCUGGGGCGUGAGGAAGAAGGGAAGCGAGACGGAGGAUGUCAAGUGCAGGCCCUGCUCGCCUGGGACCUUCUCUGACACGCCCUCCAGCGUGCUGAAGUGCAGGACUCACAGCAACUGCACAGCACAGGGCCUGGCGGUGCUGGUCGAGGGCUCCAGGGAGUCAGACUACACCUGCGGUGCCCUGCCCGCUAACGAAUCCUCAGCCACGCUAGAUCCAGCUUGGCCGACAUCUGCUGAGGCCAUCUUGGCUGUUUUGGUGCACAAAGACGCCUUGGACAUGACGACAGGUGUUCGCGACUCGCAUGCACCACCCUCGCAGUCAGGCAGCGGAGAAAAGCCAGAGAGCAUCGCAAUUACAGAUAUGGCUGCGGAAGCACUAGGCUAUGACACAUCGACCACGGGAUCUCCACAGAGCCACUUCAAACCACCCUUCGACCUCCAAGACCACCAGCCGGCCACCAAGCGUGCCAUGGACUCUCAGGGUGUGCAGGUAGAUAACAAUGUGCUGAGCCCCGGGUCCUGGCCUCCCCGGCGUGGGUCUCCUCGGGGUCAUGCUAACCAGCAUUUCGACAUCAACGAGCACCUGCCCUGGAUGGUGGUGUUGCUCCUUCUGCUGGUGCUGGUGGUCAUCGUGGUCUGCAGCGUGAAGAGGAGCUCACGCAUGCUGAAGAAGGGCCCACGCCAGGACCCCAGCAGCAUCAUGGAGAAGGCAGCCCAGAAGAAGCCUGCUGCCCCCACACAAGUGAAGGAGAAGUGGAUGUACUACUCCAGUGCCCAGGGCGUGGAUAUCCUGAAACUGGUCUCCACCCAAAUCGGCAGUCAGUGGGUGGACCUGUAUCGGACCUUGGCCAACGCCACUGAGCGAGAGGUGGCGGCCUUUUCCAACGGGUACGCGGCCGACCACGAGCGGGCGUACGCCGCACUGCAGCACUGGAUCAUCCGCGACAGUGACGCCAACCUAGCUAAACUCAUCAACGGGCUGCACCGGCACCGGCGCAUCGACGUGGUGGAGAAGAUCCGCUGCGUGAUGGAAGACAAUCCUCAGUUUGAGCUGAGCCAGCCUAUGACCUCUGCGAACAUGACACAUUGCGUUAGCCCCUCCCACAAGGCUCCAGAAUGCCCCGGCAUAGUGGGGGAGCAGUCCCCAGUGGAUCGGGGAAAGGGAUUCUUUGCCGACGAGUCCGAGCCACUGCUGCGCUGUGACUCCACCUCCAGCAAGGACUCCGCCCUCAGCAGGACUGGCUCUUUCAUAACCAAAGAGAAGAAGGACACGGUGCUGCGGCAGGUCCGGCUGGACCCAUGCGACCUGCAGCCUAUCUUUGACGACAUGCUGCACAUCCUCAACCCGGAGGAGCUGCACGUGAUUGAGGAGAUCCCCAUGGCCGAGGACAAGCUGGAUCGGCUGUUCGAGAUCGCUGGCGUGAAGAGCCAGGAGGCCAGUCAGACGCUCCUGGACUCUGUCUACGGACACCUGCCAGACCUCCUGUAGCCGUGGGGACAGAGGAAUUCGCUUUUUCCAUCAUGCCCCCAGUCCCACCUGACCCCAACGCCCCAAAUCGACCUGACGGUGUUUCCCAGUCUGGUCCUCGGGGACCCACAGAUGCUGCAUGUUCCUACCAAAAUGUGGACUGUCUGCGUGUCCCUUCGGCCCGGGAUGGGAGACACUGCGAUUAAGCCACUGCUGUCUCUCAUGCUGGUCUGAAUGUGAUCGCUGUCCUCAUCUCCUCGCUGCCACAUUCUUGUGAUAAAGCUGUGGAGAAUUCUCCAAACACACACACACACACACACACACGCAUUAUUUUUAUAAUACACAAUACAUCUUAAAUUGCCGCCUUCUGAUAAAUGCUCUUCAGUGACCUACUUGUUUUAAAUGCUGUUUACUAACAUGUCAGAUUUGUUUUUUUUACAAAAGUCAUCAAGCCUAUUAUUAUUAUUGUUAUUAUUAUUAUUAUUAUUAUUAUUAAUGUAUGUGUCAUUUUUACAGUAGUUAAAGAAUGUUAUAUGACAUUUAAGAUGUUAAAUGACUUUGGGCAUUUAAAUAAUUCCCAGCGCUUGGUAUAAUAAGUUUGCAUUCUGCAUAUUUAUACUUGAAUUUUAGACACACUAUCAGAAAAUGGAAAUUCCUCAAAUAAGAAAAUGUGUGUAUAAGACAGACAGUUACUCAUAUUUCCUCUUCAGCACCAAAAACACAAUAUAAGGGCAGUUUUGCUGGACAUGCACUGAAGGGAAAGCAGCGGGAAUCGGUGUCUUUCUGCCAUGCCAGUCAUAUCGAGCUAUUUUGGUGCUAGACUUGAAAUACUGCAGACAUGGUGAGUUUCACAUUGAACACACUAGGGGUGGUUGGUCAGUGUUCCUUUUCUGACCUGUGGGUAGCACCUGAGUUUUUGCAAUUAUUUUAUUCCAUGAGUAACCUUUGACCUUACCUUCCCACUUACUAUGAAGCUCAAGGGAAACAAAGCUUGUGUCUGAACAGUAUACUCUGUAGGAUGGUUUAAUACUUAUUGUAACUGAUAAGUUUACUAUAAUUGUAUCAUGUUAGAUCCUCGAAUUAAAGUUCAAACUUUUGCCAUAA